GCAGAGAGGCGGUUGCUUUGUUUUCUCUUUCUCUUCCUUGGUGCCCCUCCUGGAAUCCGGACCCUGCAGCUUGUUUUGGCUCAUCGAUUCCUCAGGAAGAAUGAAAGAGACUGAUCCUGCAAACAUAGCGAGGAUGGAAGGAGGAAGAUGGACGGUUGACCUGGUCAGGUUGUCUCCUGCAUCCUUCCUCGCAGCCUCUGAAUGUUCCCUCCCCUGGACUUCUGAGAGAUCUGGUGGUGAUGAAUUGGAAAUGAAGAAUGGGGGAGACCAUGACAAAAUCCACACAGUGGAGAAGCCAUAUCAAAUUUGGGAGUGCGGAGAGCGCUCCAGUCAGAGUUCCUGUUCCCAUCAAAGAACUCACAGUGGGAAGAAAGGCUCUCAGUGCUCAGAAUGUGAGAAGAGCUUCAGUUGGAAGGACAAUCUCACUUCCCAUCGAAUAAUUCAUACUGGAGAGAAACCCUAUCAGUGCUUGGAAUGUGGAAAAAGCUUCCGUCGCAGCUCAAAUCUAUAUUCCCAUCAAAGAAUUCAUACAGGGGAGAAACCAUAUCAGUGUUUAGAAUGUGGAAAGAGCUUUCGGGAGGGGCCCAAGCUCACUUCCCAUCACAGAAUUCAUACAGGGGAGAAACCCUUUCAGUGCUUGGAAUGUGGAAAGAGCUUCAGUCACAGCCACAGUCUCACUUCCCACCAAAGAAUUCAUACAGGGGAGAAACCCUAUCAGUGCUUGGAAUGUGGAAAGAGCUUUCGUCAGAGUGGGGAUCUCACUUACCAUCGACGAGUUCAUACAGGGGAGAAACCCUAUCGGUGCUUGGAAUGUGGAAAGAGCUUCAGUCUUAAACAGCAUCUCAUUUCCCAUCAAAGAAUUCAUACUGGAGAAAAACCCUAUCAGUGCUUGGAAUGUGGAAAGAGCUUCAGUCACAACCAGAAUCUCACUUCCCAUCACAGAAUCCAUACAGGGGAGAAGCCCUAUCAGUGCUUGGAAUGUGGAAAGAGCUUCAGUAAUAGGAGCAUUCUCACUUCUCAUCAAAGAAUUCAUACAGGAGAGAAACCCUAUCAGUGCUUGGAAUGUGGAAUGAGCUUCACCCAAGGUGCCUCUCUCACUUCCCAUCGAAGAAUUCAUACAGGGAAGAAACCCUAUCAGUGUUUGGAAUGUGGAAAGUGCUUCAGUAAGAGCACCCAUCUCACUUGCCAUCAAAUAAUUCAUACAGGGGAGAAACCAUACCAGUGCUUGGAAUGUGGGAAGAGCUUCAGUCUUAAACAGCAUCUCACUUCCCAUCGAAGAAUUCAUACUGGAGAAAAACCCUAUCAGUGCUUGGAAUGUGGAAAGAGCUUCAGUCACAACCAGAAUCUCACUUCCCAUCAAAGAAUUCAUACAGGGGAGAAACCCUAUCAGUGCUUGGAAUGUGGAAAGAGCUUCACAAGGAAGGAUAGUCUCACUUCCCAUCAAAGAAUUCAUACCAGGAAGAAACCCUAUCAGAGCUUGGAAUGUGGAAAGAGCUUCAGAAGGAGGGGCAGGUCUCAUCCUCCAUCGAAGAAUUCAUACAGUGGCACCUCGGGUUAAGAACUUAGUUUGUUCUGGAGGUCCAUUCUUAACCUGAAACAGUUCUUUUUUUUAAAAAAAUAAUUUUUAUUGAAUUUUACAAAAAAGAAAAAAGAUCAAAAAAGCAAUAAUAUCAGGAUUAUCACACCGUAUCUCUUCAAACUUCCUCACUUCCCACUUCCCCUUCUCAAAUUUCUUAUUAAUAGUUAUCUUUUACAA